AUGCUGACCGCUCCACUUUUUCCUUCCAGGCAAGAUGCAGCGGAGCAGCAUGCCACCAAUGCACGGGCAGCCGAAACUAUGCAGGAUCUUAAGGACCAAUGUGCAGCAAGCCAUGCCAGCGGUGCUAGCUCAGGACCAGCGAGUACUGGUGCAACCAAAGGACUUUCGCCAGCUCCAUUGGGAGGGUCAUCGUCCGGCCCUGGGGACUCACUGGCCUCAAAUCUUCUCCGCGCCACGAAUGCCCUCGAUUGUGCUAAUCCUCUUGGCGGAGGCAGCGGCGGCGGAGAUAUCUCGUACCUCAAAGCACUAGCUACACGGAAGCAUUGAUCGAUCAGAAAGGAUGAUAUCAAGUUCAGGCGGUCGCCAUAUCUUUAGCUAUAGUGAGGAGCGGAUGAUGCAGGAUUCCAGGCUGCUCCAGGUGGAAAAAUUGGCUCCAGUGCUUGGUUUCAUCUAGAACGCAAUCAUUCUUCGUCCACUCAGAAUACCUGCCACACCUUUCUGAACUUGAUUGAACCUCGUAGCCCCGCAGCUCUCGCUCUCAAGAUGGUUGAAUAGCUGUGCUAUGGCAGAGAAUUGCUUUCCGCACUUCCUGCCAAAGCAGUGAUAGACCUUCUGCUUGUGGAGUGGCGAGCUGAGGU